AGUUAACCAACUUUUAUCUUUUAUGCAUUAUCCACUAUGCAAAUUACGCUUCUGCGCACUUCUGCGCAUGCGUCUGUCAAAAAUGUCAACUUGUCACUUUGCAGCGAAGAGUGGGAGUAGAAACCACACCCUUCUUUUUCAUGUGUUUACUUGUUUAUUUAUUGUGAUUUGUGCUUGGUUUCACCAUUGUGUUGUGAAAAUUUGAAAUUUUUUUGGUUAGUGUUUGUUGUUUGUUCGGAAAAAUCAAAUUCAAGAUGAAUUUAGAUGAAGCAACUCUCAUCGAAACGGUGGAAGCAUUUUCAUGCAUUUGGGACACCAAGAAUAAAGACCACAGGAACAUUCUGGUGGUGGAAAAUGCAAGGAAAUCAAUUGGAAAUAUCAUGCAAGCAAGUGGAACUUGGAAAAGUUUGAGGGCCAAAUACAUUAGAGAGAGGAAACUGAUUGUCACCAGGCCAUCAGGCUCUGCAGCCUAUACCGGACAUUGGACGUUGUUUAAAACAAUGGGUUUCCUAGCUAAUGUUGUUCAAAGUAGAAGAACUAGUGGAAAUGUAUCCAAGAACUCAGGCCACAAACCGUCACAAGUCUGGAAUACUAAUAUAAUCAUAGAGGAGACUGAGACUGAAAACUUUGAAGACAGCCAGGUGGAAGGAUUAUUGGAUGAAACAUUGAUUCAACACUCACAAUCCAGCCAAGAGGAGGAAGAGGAAACACAGCAGAGACACAGACAUGUCAUCACUGUCAGGGUCCGCAGCUACUCCGAGUAUGAAGAAUUGUAG